AUGGGGGAGGCGACGGUGAACCACCUGUUUCACAGCUUCACGGCGAGAUUCGCUCGCGACUUCUACCCGAGAUGGGUGAAGAUGCCGAACCGGGAGGAGCUGAAGGAGAUCAUGCAGACUUACGACGAGCGCCCGUCGUUCAUCGGCAAGGAAGGGUACCCGACGAUCGUGUACAAUGUAGUCGUCAGCCACGAGUUGCGCGUGAUGUCGUGUACGCGGGGCUUUCCCGGCGCCCACAACGACAAGACCAUCGUGAGGUUCGACAAGUUCGCCAACUCGGUUCGAGACGGGUGGUACAAGGACGUGGAGUACACUCUGAAGGGCAAAGACGGGGAGGACGUGCACGAGAAAGGGCCAUGGUUGAUCGUGGACGGUGGAUACCACUACGUGAGUGCAUCGUAUUCGUAGUUCAGGCAGUUGAUGGUAUAGAGUGGCGCCGGAGUUGAUGUCCCGUCGUGUUCGUGAGGAUACGAGCCGCCGUUGGGCAGAGCAGCUGGCGUGUUCUAAAGAUGGUUGAACACACGCGUGCUGUUUGAUGUUGGUACUGCAGUAUUGCGGACGGACCAAUCGGUGGUCACCUGUUCGACCCAGCUGCUCCGCUCUUCCGAAAAUGCCUUCUUGUUUUGGGCCGUCUGGUUCUUUUUUUUUUUUUUUUGGGGGGGGGGGGAAUGGAUGUGUUUCUUUGUAUUGCAGACGACGUUCAUGUACGAUCAGUGUUCAGUGUGUUGACGUACUCCGAUCGCCCCCCACCAACCAUGGUAAGGUGGGUUCGUCGUGGCCGCAAGAGAGCGCCCAUGUUUCAUUCACCCUCUUGCUUCCACCGUCAUGGGAGAUGUUCCCGCGGUGCCAUCACCUCCAAAUAUGUUGUGCGAGCCACGUGCCUUGCUACAGGCAUGUUGACGAGUGUUACAGGCAUGUUGGCGAGUGGUCCUGUUAGCGUUCCUCGUCGUCUCACGGGAUGUAAAAUUGACUCCUUGGCUUGCCGUCGUCGCGUGUCUCCUUUGACAUCAGUGCUACACCCACCACAACAUAACUCACGCCCACACCC